AUGCUAUCUCGAUUGACUUCUACCGCAACUCGACGCAUACCGAGACACGUUGGUGGCAUUUGUUCGCAAUGGGCUAGCAUUGACACUGCAACCGACACAUCAUCCACAACUUCUACCAGUUGGACGUCAUCGUCUCCCCCAUUUGGAAGCUCGGUUACCUUUUCGACCGCAGCUAACUCUGGGAAUGAUCAACAAAAUGAACAAGCCGUGGAAGAACAGACCUCAUUGCUUGAUAAAAGUGACAAGAAUAUCCUUCAAAAGUUAUUUGAUCGACACAGCAUCAGCAGACAAACCAACCGUAUUCUAAUUGCCGAAUCCUUCUUGGAAGCAGCAAUUACCCAAGCAUCUGAUCCACGAUGGUAUGGUCCCGGUCGAAUCAAGAAGGAAUUUCGCAGCUACCAAGCCAUUCUGACGAUGCACAUUUGGAUGCUUCAUAAACGGUUGUUGUUAGACACUGAAGACCCGCACAGUGCCCAUUUGAUUCAAGAAGAACUCUUUGAUAUUUUUUGGACCGAUUCGAACAAUCGCAUGAGAGCCUAUGGCGUCAAUGAGAUGCUGUUGGCAAAGAACCUCAAGACGGUCCAACAGUAUACCUUUAUGCACUGCUUUCACUACGACCACUGCUACAGUGGAGAACUCUUGGAGAAUCCUGAAGAACGAUUGGAGGAGUUGAAGCAUCUGGUACAAACUCACAUUUUGUUGCUCAAUCCGCCCAAUGACGAAAAUGAUGGAUCUGCGGACGACGAUGCCGAUGCUCUGGAUGAUACAAGCGAUCAAGCCGAACGCAUUGCAUGGUACAUCGAAGCCCAGUAUCAGAACAUUGUCCAUGAUUGGCCUGAUGAUUGGUACCGCAAGGCUCGUGUGGCAUGGGUCGACCUUCCAGACUUUUCGGAUAUGGUCGAUGCCAAGGGAAAUAUCCUCGAACCAUUUCCAGUGGAUCCCGAAGACAUCUUGCCUGAAAAUUGGGCUCGCAAUAUUGCCAACGAUGGUACCUAUUAUUAUUGGAAUACCAAGACUAGGAAAGCGCAGUGGGAGAAGCCUGAAGCCAACUAG